AAUUAAUCUUAUCAUGAAACCGAUGCUAUAUCUGUCCUUGCUUUGCUGUGAAAUAUGUUGUAACAUAUCUACUUAUAGUCUGUCUAGUUAGUAGAUGCAAAAAUGUCUUCUGCAGCAGACAAUUUGUCUUUGGUUCUUUACCCAACAAAAGAAUUAAAAUUGGAAAACCGUCCAGUACCAGUACCAAAAGAUAAUGAAGUAUUAAUCAGCAUACAUUGUACUGGAGUAUGCUGCACAGACAUACAUCUAUGGUCGUGGGGUAGAGUAGCUAAUAUAAAUGUAGAAACACCGACUGUUAUUGGGCACGAAUCGAGUGGAACCGUAGUUCAAGUAGGAAAAAAUGUCAAAAAAUUUAAAAUAGGGGAUAGAGUGGUUAUUGAUACGAGCGAUCCCUGUUUGGACUGUAACAGAUGUUUGGAGGGCAAUUAUCACUUAUGUGCAAGCAUAAAAUGCUUAGGAUUACCUCCUGUUCACGGGACAUAUGCCAGAUAUGUGACUCAUCCAGCAGUAUUUUGUCACAAAAUACCGGAUAAUAUGUCUUACGAAGAAGGUGCAUUAAUUGAGCCUUUAUCUGUAACAGUUCAUGCAUGUAGAAGAGGUAAAGUGACGGGAGGAGAUAAAAUUUUAAUCUGUGGAGCUGGUACUAUAGGCGUACUGACUAUGCUAACAGCUCGCUCUAUGGGCGCUACAAAAAUAUGUGUAACAGAUAUACGUCAGGAUAGGUUAGAUUUUGCUAAGAAAUUGGGAGCAGAUCACGUUCUCUUGGCCGAUCCUGACAGCAACAUCUGUGCUCAACGAGUAAGAGAAUUAUUGGGAGAUUUUCCUGAUGUCAGUUUAGAUUGCUGUGGCUUUGAAGCAACGCUGAGAGUUGCUAUGAAGGCAACUAAACCUAGAGGAGCCGUAGUAGUAAUCGGUAUAGGUCCUGGAGAAGCUAAACUUCCCAUAGCAGAAACCAUGUAUAAGGAAAUCGAUCUGAUUGGUGUCAAUCGCUUUCCAAACUGCUAUCCCAGAGCUAUAGAUUUGGUAGCCAGCGGCGCAAUUAAUGUUAAACCUCUAAUAACUCAUCGUUUUAAACUGGAACAGGCGAUAGAAGCUUUGAAGUUAUUGAAAGAAGAAAAGCCAGGAACCGUUAAAGUUAUGAUCCAUUGCCAGAAAAGUUAAGCUGGUUUAUCCGUAAAUGGCCUUUUGUAACGCUUCUAUAUCGUUACGCAGUUCUGCCAGGCUCAAAAGAAGAAAGUCGAAAGAACCAGGUUCACCCUGAAAAAUUAAAUAAAAAUAUAAAUCUGUAUGUAGUAGAUAGAUGCCAUUUUAAACAUAAAUUGUGAAUCACGAAAGUGUUGGGAAUUCCUAAUAAAAUUCGUGACUAGUGAAAGUAUAUAUUACGAAACUUGGUCUCCUUUCUCUUAUUGAUUUCUCGGAAGUUUGCUGGAUGGUGUUGUUCCAGAAAUUUCAAUUUAAUUAUUCUUCCGAUUUUGGAGAAAAUAUAUAUAAAUCAUGCAAUCGCGUUUCCGUAUAAACUGUAAAAAAGUUAAUUACUACGUAUGUUUAGUAUAUUGUUUCCUUUGUAGAUAAAUAAAAAAGGAGAAUGUUACACA